AUGUCUUCCGAAGCAACUGUCAAUGGUGGUCCGAAGUCUCGGGCCGCCAUGCUAGAAGAACAACAUGCUCUCGACGAGGCGCACAAAGCCACCGUGGAGGAUGUCGUUGACGCAGAAGAUAUUGCGCACCCUCCCCCCUCCGCCGCUCCGAUUGUUACCGAACCCACCCCCAGCGCACCGUCGCACGCACCUACACCACCCGCAGCCCGUGCGCCAAUGAACCCGAAGAGUGCAUCUGGAAAGGCCCCUGCGUUGGAUGUGCAAUCAGAGGAACUAUUCCCUGCUCUUGGGAGCGGUCCCAAACCAAAGGCCCCUGCUACAUCGGCCUGGGGCGCGAAGGGUCCCUCCACUGCUGCCGCGCUUGCGAAUGGAGCGCCUAGCGGAGCGCCACCCGGUCUUCCUCGAAUUAUGACUCUACCUGGAAAGCAUAUGGAACAGCUUCGACUUGCUCCUUCUCAAAUGCUCCAGCGGGGCCAACUGAAGAAGCCGCUUCGGGAUAUCCUGCGCGAUAUCUCUAAACGGUCAAAGGCCAAUGUUGAUAUGCGUGGAGGCCCUGGAGGUUCUAUCGUUUUCGAGGGUAGGGGCUCAGUGGAUGCAGUGCGCCAAGCGCUCAAGCAGGUGGCGCAGCAAGUUGGUUCGAAGCAAUCGGUCCGGGUCCCAAUCCCUACUUCGGCUCGCCCUCACAUCAUCGGUCGCCAGGGAGCUGUUGUUCUGGAAAUCCAGCAGCGGACUGGUGCACGCGUGCAGGUCCCUCGUGCAGAGGAUCCCUCUGGCGAUGGAGAUGAGGACAACGACACCAUUGACGUGUUGAUCGAAGGUGACGCCGUCGCUGCAGAGAUGGCUCGCCGAGAAAUUGAGUCUAUCGUGAAGGAUCGAGCGUCAAACAUGAAUCUCCGCCUUAGGACAAUCCCACCGGAGUUCUUUCCCUUCAUUGCUGGUGCUCACAAUGCGAAUUUGAGAGAGAUCGAAGAGCGUACCAAGGCUCAGAUUCACGUUCCCCGAUAUGAUAUGUGGCAAAGUCAACCUCCACCUCAGGAAGCUGAGCCAGGCCUCGUUCAGUUCGUGCCGGUUUCUGACAGGCAUAUUCUUGUAUCCGGAGAGCGCGCGGCAACGCAAGAGGCGCGCGCCGAGAUUGAAAAGCUAGCUGCUGAUCUGCAACGCCAAUUGACACUCCGACAACUCGCAAUUAACCGGGGUCAGCACCAAUUCAUUUUGGGCGAUGAUGGUAAUGCGUUGCAUGACUUCCUCGCUGAAACUGGAUGUGCUAUUGUGCUACCUCCUUCGUCUGAUGAAACCGAGUUUCUGACUGUGACGGGCCCUCUGCGGCGUAUUGAAGAUGGUAUUAACCGGGCAAUGGACCUUGCAACAAGUAUGCAAAUGGCUAGCAUUGACCUUUCUCGCCAACACCCAAGCGCCCCUAUCGGCCCGCAUGUCCAUGCGCGUGCGCUCACUCGUUACCUCACCCAGCGACAAAUUAUCAAGGAACUUGAAAGCAUAUAUGAUUCUCGUAUCGCCUUGUCGCCCGCUUUGGAUGGGCCUGUUACCUGGGAGGUAUACUCGAGAGAUGGCAAGAAUACGAUCCGCGCUCGUUCCGAUAUCCUGAACCUCGUUCAGGCCCAUCCUCCUGCCAGACUCCGCCAUGUUACUGUCGACCCGUAUUUCCACCCCUAUCUGCGCUCCCGUACGAUCUCCCAACUGCGCUCCGACUACGGGGUCCAUGUUCUCGUCCCUGAGGAGGUGGACAGCCCUGAUGUUGUUCUUAUCUAUGAAGGCCCUUCGGCGAGCUCGGCCCAACUGGAGAUUCCGCGCCAGCGGCCAUCUACUGCCGAACUUGCCGCUUUCGAGAAGACACUCCAGGAAGCACAAGAGUACCUCCUGAACUCCUUGGGUAGCCAAGAUGAUAUCGUGGCAAAGAACGUAUCCAUUCCGAGCAAGUACCAGGAGAAGGCGCGCAAGUUCAUCUCCCGCGAGCAGCAGGCGAAGGGUGAAGAUCAUAUCCCUGUUCGUGCACUUGUUGGAGGUGGACCGAGCCGUAAUGGUGGAGCUACACCUCAGAGCGAGGUAUCGCUGCGCGGUCCCUCUCGUAUGGUGGAGGAACUUGCAACUAAACUCGGAGAAUUUGUCGUGGAGCAGGAGAGAGAUGACCUCGAGAGAGGAUACACAACAUCCUUCGACUUCCCUCAAAAGUUUGCCAACUUUCUAAUUGGGAAGAGAGGCGAGAACAUCAACAAGCUCCGUGACGAAUUUGACGUUGAUAUCAAGGUGGAGAAUGGCAAGGUGGAGGUCAAGGGACCCAAGGCCAAGGCCGAUGCUGCCAAGACUAGAAUUAUCAAUAUGGGGAAGAAACUGGAGGAUGAGACAACUCAUGUCCUGAAGGUUCCUGCCCAGUAUCACCGUGAGCUCAUUGGGCAAAAGGGAAGUCAGGUCAAUCGACUCCAAGACCGGUAUUCCGUCCGUGUCCAGUUCCCCAGGGUAUUGGUUGCCAACGACGAUCAGUCCAUCGCAGAUACUGCUAGCGACGCGGGUAGCAUUCGACCCCAACGGGUCCAACAGGGCUCUGAUGAGGUCAUUGUCAAGGGACCUAGCAAGGGAGCGGACUCUGCACGUGAUGAGAUUCUCAGCUUGCUGCAAUGGGUCGUUGACCAUUCGCAUUCGACUACCGUGUCUGUCGCCCAGAGCCAGAUUCCUUCAUUGAUCGGCCAGCGCGGCCGUGAAAUGGACAAGCUUCGGGCUGAUACCGGGGCUCAAAUCGAUGUGCCGGGAGUUAACGAUGCGCCCGACGCGUCUGGCCGCGUGGAGAUUAAGAUCAAGGGUACGAAGAAGCAGGUUGAUGAAGCAAAGAAGAUCCUGCAGCAGCGCUCAAGCGAGUUCGAUGCCACGGUAACAAAGUCUAUUGACGUCGAUAAGAAGCACCACAAGUCUCUGAUUGGCGGUGGCGGCGCGAACAUCCGCAAGCUUGUUGCAGAUGCCGGUGGCCCUACCGACUCAAGUGCGUCGCGACUUGUCAGAUUCCCCCGUGCUGAAAGCAACGACACUACAAUUAGAUUGGAAGGAAAUGGCGAUAUUGUAGACAAGAUUAUUGCUGCCAUCGAACAGUUUGUCCAAGAGCGUGACGACCAGGUUGCCGUCAACCUCGAGAUUCCCCCAGUACAGCAUCGUCUUCUCAUUGGCCGAGGGGGAGAUACGCGCCGAGGCAUUGAGUCGAAGUUCAAUAUCACUCUUGAUAUUCCCAGACAAGGCUCUGGACGCUCCGACAUCAAGCUCAAGGGUCCCAGUACUGCCGUUGAGGAAGCGAAGGAGCACAUUUUGGCCAUGCUCAAGGAUCAACAGGGUGUGAACGUCGAUGUCCCAAGGCAUCUACACCAUCUCGUUUCCGAUAAUGGGUCCUUCUUCCGUCGCCUUCGCAACGACUAUCAGGUGACCGUGGAUCAUGCUGGCCAGCAAGUACCAUCCAAGCCUACACCAGAAGAUUCCCGCGACACAGUCAAUGGGGCUUCAUCACUCCCGUUGAUUACCGACGAACCGAGCGACGCCCUCGAAGCUCACUCAUGGAAGGUGGUUGAUAAUAGCCCCAUUGCCAGUGACCCAAGCGAACCUGCGACGAUUCCAUGGGUUCUGGCUGGGCCUGGCGAUAAUGUCGCCAAAGCCAAGGCGGCAUUGGAGAAAGCCAUCGCCGCUGCAUCUCAGCAGUCAGCGACGGGCUACCUCAUCCUUCCUGAUCCGAAAACAUACCGCUUCGUCGUUGGCCAAGGUGGCAGCCAGAUCAACUCCAUCCGCAAACAAACGGGUUGCCGCAUCAAUGUUCCGAAAGACCAGGCCAAGGGUGAGGCGAUAGAGAUCAAGGGCGGCAAAGAAAACCUGGACAAGGCCAGAGAUUUGAUCCUUGAGGCUGUCCGUGCUGGGCUGAACGGCAGCCUAAGGUGA